CGGUCCGCUUCAAUUUUAAGCGCUCAUCCAUUAAAAACCCUACUUCCUCCCAAAUCCCCGCCACACACACACUCUCUCUCUCUCUCUCUCUCUCUCCAGGGGGCGGUUACGCUUGUGGGCUUCAAUUUGUACAGCAAACUGUGAGUAACCCGACCAACACAGCUCUCCACUCUCUUGACCAGUUGAAGAACAAUCUGAAAGAAGAGGAAGGAAAAGGCUAAGCAGUUUGCAGCCAUGUCGAAGUCCAAGGUUCAGAAGCCCCAAGCGGCAGAUGACGAGGAAAUGGAUCCAACACAAUAUUUUGAAAAUAGGGUGAAAACCCUUGGAGCUCUGAAGAGUGCUGGAAUUAAUCCCUAUCCUCACAAAUUCCAUGUUUCAACGUCCAUCCCUGAAUAUAUAGAGAAGUAUAAAAGCCUAGCUGAUGGGGAGCAUCUUGAGGAUGUUGAAGUAUCUUUGGCUGGGAGAAUCAUGGGCAAGCGAUCUUCUUCAGCAGGGUUGCUCUUUUAUGAUUUGCAUGGUAAUGCUGCCAAAGUCCAAGUUUUUGCCAGUAAAAGCGUUACGAAAUUGGAUGAAGCUGAAUUUUCCAAGCUCCACUCGGGUGUGAAGCGUGGAGAUGUUGUUGGUGUUAUUGGGUAUCCAGGGAGAACUAAAAGGGGAGAGCUGAGUAUUUACCCACGAUUGUUCAUGCCAUUAUCCCAUUGUCUUCAUAUGAUGCCAAGGAAAAAAGCUGGUCCUGGUGUGGAAAUUGCUAAUGUAAAUGACAUAUGGGUCCCUGGUAAUGCGAGGAAUCCAGACACUUACAUAUUAAAGGAUCAGGAAACUCGAUAUCGUCAACGUUACUUGGAUUUGAUGUUGAACUUGGAGGUUCGACAAAUAUUCAAGACUCGAGCAAAGAUUGUCUCAUAUAUCCGAAGCUUUCUCAACAAUCUUGAUUUCUUGGAGGUUGAAACACCAAUGAUGAACAUGAUUGCUGGGGGAGCGGCUGCCCGUCCUUUUGUGACCCACCACAAUGACUUGAACAUGAAGCUGUACAUGCGGAUUGCACCUGAACUAUAUCUUAAGGAGCUAGUUGUUGGUGGACUGGACCGUGUUUAUGAGAUAGGAAAACAAUUUAGGAAUGAAGGAAUUGACUUGACACAUAAUCCUGAGUUCACUACAUGUGAGUUUUAUAUGGCAUUUGCUGACUAUAAUGACUUGAUGGAGCUCACAGAGAAAAUGUUGAGCGGGAUGGUCAAGGAACUUACUGGUGGCUAUAAAGUUAAAUAUCAUGCAAAUGGGUUAGAGAGUGACCUGAUUGAGAUCGAUUUCACUCCCCCUUUCAGGAGGAUUGAUAUGAUCGAAGAGUUGGAGAAAAUGUGUAAUCUAAGCAUUCCCAAGGAUCUUUCAAGUGAUGAAGCUAACAAGUAUUUGGCAGAUGCAUGCAUGAAAUUUGAUGUCAGAUGUCGUCCUCCCCUGACAACAGCUCGUCUCUUGGACAAACUUGUAGGACACUUCCUGGAGGAGACGUGUGUAAAUCCUACUUUCAUUAUUAACCAUCCAGAGAUUAUGAGUCCAUUAGCAAAGUGGCAUAGGGCUAAGCCAGGCCUGACUGAACGCUUUGAACUAUUUAUCAACAAGCAUGAACUUUGCAAUGCAUAUACGGAGUUGAAUGAUCCAGUGGUACAACGCCAACGGUUUGCGGACCAACUCAAGGACCGACAAUCAGGCGAUGAUGAAGCUAUGGUCUUGGAUGAAACAUUUUGUACGGCUCUUGAGUACGGUUUGCCCCCGACUGGCGGUUGGGGAUUGGGUAUUGACCGACUUACAAUGAUAUUGACCGAUUCACAGAACAUCAAGGAAGUUCUACUCUUUCCGGCCAUGAAACCACAGGAUGAACCGCCUUCCAAAGUGACAACGGCGGUGAAUUCUGAAUCAUUGAUAUCAUCUCUGGCUAUUUGAUAAUCUGAUUUUGAGGGAGACUGCCAACUUUUAUGUAGACAGGUAAUUUUCUGCUAGAGAGUCAUCAACGAGGGGAUCACUCGUGAAAUCUGUUUCACCACCUAUAGCAUCAAUCUUUAUUGGAAAGUCGCCAUUAUUAUGUAGGGUUGUUCUUGUACUAUGGUUUACUAUCCAACUCAUUGCUAUUGAAAGUAUUCUUGCAAAUGCAAAUCAUAUUUGUCGA